AUGGCUUUACCAAUAUCUCUUUUUGCGUGGACUUUAGUUCUUACCUGGCUUGGGCUGAAGCUCUAUACACUCAUUUUCAACAUCUACUUCCACCCGCUACGGAAGUAUCCUGGUCCCUUGCGCGCCGCGGCAACAACGUGGUGGAGAACAUACAUCGAGGCAUUCAAGAAGGAGAAUUGGACUGAUGUGCUGAUAAGAUUGCAUGAGGAAUAUGGAGAUGUGGUUCGCGUUGAGCCCAACGAGGUUCUUCAUUUCUCAAAACCAUCCGCAUACCAUGACAUAUACAAUUCAACGGCGCGUUGGAAUAAAGACAGUUUCCUGUAUGAAUGCUUCGGAGUUGAGAAGUCGUCUUUUGGGUUCCUCACGUACAAUGAAGCCAAGCUGCGGCGAGAUGUGCUUCAACCGUUGUUCUCUCGCCGUGCGAUUCUUGGCAUGCAGAGCCUUGUUAGACAAAAUAUUGACCACCUUGCCGGAGCGCUUGCAAAGAACAAUGAAGACGGCGUGCCCUCGGAUCUUUUCAGCGCCUUUCACGCUUUCACUCUUGAUACAAUCACCACUUUUUGCUUCGCACGCUCAACCAACGCCAUGGACGCCCCUGGCUUCAUGGCUUCAAUCAUAGAGUCAGUGCAAGCCGCAACUUCGUCAAACAUGCUCUUCAAGCAUUUCCCACUUCUUCGAAAGACCAUUUUCUCUCUCCCGCCAUGGCUGGCAUGCAGAGUAUCGCCUGCAACAGCAGGGGUGCCGAAGUUCCGACUUGCACUCGAAAGACAGAUUAAGCAGUUUAUGGCGAAUCCAGAAAGCCUGAAGAACCAACCACAUCCCAUCAUCUACCACCGCCUGCUCGAUCCUGAAGCACAGAAGGAUCAUCCAGUACUCGGUCCGAUAGAUUUGCUGCAUGAGGCACAUACCUUGUUGGGCGCGGGCUCAGAUACCGUCGGUAAUACGCUCAUGACUGGCUUCUUCCAUAUCUUGAGCCAGCCAUCACUCUAUGCGCGGCUGCAGGAGGAGGUUCUCACAGUUUGGCCGCAUCUCCACGAUCCGCCGAAACUCGAGACGCUCGAGGCUCUACCACUCUUGACAGCAGCUACCAAGGAGGCUCUCCGAAUGACUCCGGCCGUACCCUCGCCAUGUACACGUGUAGUACCAGCCACUGGCGCAACGAUAUCUGGUAUGGAGAUCCCCCCCGGGACGGUCGUUGGCAUGUCGAGCAUAUUGGUACACAAUUCCAGCGAGAUAUUCAAGAGUCCGGAAGUCUAUGAUCCUGAUAGAUGGCUAGCUGGUGACUCCCAUAUGUUAGAUCAGGGGUUUGUGCCAUUCAGCAAAGGACCGAGAAGCUGCCUCGGUAUCAAUCUAGCCUGGUGCGAGUUGUACAUCGCGUUCGCGACCAUGUUGCGACGGUUCGAGAUGCGAAUCGACGGCACUGUCGUAGAGGACCUAGUCUGGAGAGAUUGUUUCGUACCACAUUACUACGGCAAGCAUCUGCAAGCUUGGUGCCAACCGGUCACAACUUGA